CAACUUGGGCCCGGCAGAAUGGCUCCCGCAAAGAAGGGUGGCAAGAAGAAGAAGGGCCGUUCUGCCAUCAACCGGGUGGUGACCCGAGAAUACACCGUCAACAUUCACAAGUGCAUCCAUGGAGUGGGCUUCAAAAAGCGUGCCCCUAGGGCACUCCAAGAAAACCGGAAAUUUGCCAUGAAGGAGAUGGGGACUCCAGAUGUGCGCAUUGAUACCAGGCUCAAUAAAGCCGCCUGGGCCAAAGGAAUAAGGAAUGUUCCAUACCGUAUCCGUGUACGUUUGCCCAGAAAACGUAAUGAAGAUGAGGACUUACCAAACACGCUCUACACACUGGUAACUUACGUACCUGUUACCACAUUCAAAAAUCUACAGACAGUCGAUGUGGAUGAGAACUAA